AUGAGUGAUUCAUUGGUGACAUACCUCAAUUUCAACCAAGAUGCCUCGUGCGUUGCGUUAGGAUUGAAAACAGGCUAUAAAAUUGUUAAUAUUCAGCAGAAAUUCGGGAGGUGCUGUUGUUAUAAAGAUGAUAGUAUCAAUAUAAUUGAAAUGCUCUAUACAACGUCGUUAAUUGUAAUGACGCCCUUGGGCAACGAAAUUGGCUCUUCACCUAGAGAAUUGAAGAUCAAGAAUACAAAGAGUAAUAGCACUAUAUGUUCCUUAUUUUUCCCGACAACUAUCUUAAAUGUAAAACUAACGAAGGAGCAUUUAAUUGUUGUUUUAGAAAAUCAGAUAUACAUCUACGAAAUUAAAUCAAUGAAGCUUUUGCAAACAAUCAAAACCAAUUCAAAUCCCCUUGGACUAUGUGCUGUUUCUUAUGACAGUAACUCCAAUUUGCUUGCGUAUCCAUCACCGCCAAAGACAAAAGACGCUCUUGCCAGUAUCAAUGCAAAGUCGUCACAAACUUCAAAUACCGAGUCUUUGAAUAAUAAUAGCAAUAGGAUCUCAAAUAAGGGUGAUAUCAUACUAUUUAACCUCAACAAAUUCCUACCGAUAAUGGCUAUAAGUGCCCAUAAAAAUGAUGUUGCAGCAAUGUCGUUUUCAGCAGAUGGUUCGCUAAUUUGCACAGCGUCACAUAAAGGUACGAUAGUUCGAGUCUUUGACACUAAUACGGGGAUAAAGUUGUUUCAAUUUAGACGCGGGUCGUACCCCACAAAAAUCUAUCAUUUACAAUUCAGUUCUGAUAACAAGUAUGUUUUGGCAACAAGCUCGAGUUUAACCGUACAUAUCUUUCGGUUGGGGGAAGAAGAGGCAUUGGAAAACAAACAUAAGAAAAAAAUCAAAACGAUUGAAGAAGAACCCGAGAGGGAGGAGAAUAACGAUGGAGACGGAGACAGGGACGGAGACGGAGACGGAGACGACGAUGACUCAGACGACAUGGAGGAGGACCUAGAUGGUGGAAAUGGCGGUAAUAACGGCAAUAGCCGCAGCAACGGCAGCAACGGCAGCCGCGACGAGGAUGAAGACGAGGUGCCUACAAAGCAACGGAAACUCUCCCAAGGAUCAUCAAACUCGUUUACAAGCAUAAAUUCCGAAGAUAUCACUGCACCAAUAAUUGACCAAAAUAGGCUUUCGGUAGCACGAAUGAUUCGAAGGUCGUCUCAAACACUAGGCAGAAAAGCUGCUCAAAAGAUGGGCGAUUACCUCCCUUCUAGAUUUUCGUCAAUUCUUGAACCAACGCGGCAUUUUGCUUCUAUCAAGAUAGAUGCGAAAAAUAAAGAUAUAAAGUCAAUUGCCAUGAUCAAUAACCUGAAUCAAGAUAUUAUCACCGCAAGUUAUGAUAGUAGAGAUAAUAUGGAUACAAAUUUUUUACACGUGAAUGUGGUCACUUCUGAAGGAAUGUUAUACAUUUAUGGUUUGGACUCAGAACGUGGUGUCACUAUAAGAAAUGCGGGAAAGGUGUAUGAGCUAACAAUUGGACCUCAAGACAAUGGGUUCACAUUGAAGCAAAAAGUUCACGAAGCUACCAAGAUUCCACCAGAAAGACAAAAGAUUUUGGUCAAGGGAGGUAAAUUGGACGAUGAUACCUUGUUGUCGACGUUGGAUUUCAGUAAACCUGUGAUGGUAUUGGGGACUCCAGAUAAGCUCGAGAAACCAAUUGAGAAACCGAAAUUUAUUGAAGAUUUAGGAGAUGCGACUAAAGUGGACAAUAGUCCGCUUGGUAUACCAAACUAUGGCAAUACGUGCUAUUUGAACUCGAGUUUACAAGCCUUGUUUCAAAUUGAGGAUUUGAGGGAGAAAUUGAACAAGUUCAACGGAAGGGAAAAUUUGACGUUGGCCUUGAGGAAUCUUUUCCAGCAAAUGGAAAGGAAACAAGGAACUGUUAAUGUAGGCAUGUUUUUAACCAUUUUCCGGAGUCUUUACCCUCAAUUUGCCGAGCAAAAAAACGGGGUGUUUAGUCAACAAGAUGCUGAAGAAGCGUUUUCUCAAAUUUUGACCACUUUAAAGAGGAAUUUGGAAAUUGACGAUUUGUUUCGAAUUGGGCUUAAAACUAGAGUCAAGAACUUAACUACCGGUAGUGAUGAUGAUAUAAAGUAUGACGUUGAGGAGAGCUUCAAAUUGAACUGUCAUAUUGAUAUCAAGACCAAUUUUCUUCGUGACGGUAUAAUCAGUGGCUUGACCGAGAAUAUAGUGAAACAUAACAGUAGCACAGGUGGAGACAAUGAGUAUGAAGUUUCCAAAACAAUUACUCGGUUGCCCAAAUUUUUAGUUGUUCAUUUCAUAAGAUUUUUUUGGAGGAGGGAUAUCAAUAAGAAGUCAAAAAUUUUAAGAAGGGUUCAAUUCCCAUUUGAAUUGGACUUGUCUGAUGUAUUGGAUGAAUCAAUCAAGGAGACCAAAAACAAGAACCGUGAUUUGAUUAGAAAAGUAGAAAAGGAUAAUUUAGACUUGAAGAGGGAGUUGAAGAAGGCGAAAAGGGAGUCGGAUGAAGAUGAAGAGAUGAAAAUUGCUUCAAUAAAGAGUAGAUUUUACGAUGAUUUAAAGAGUAAUAUUCCCGGAAUUGAUUUCGAAACAACUACAGAGAAUCCGUCUUCUGUGUAUGAGCUCAAUGCCAUUAUUACCCAUAUGGGUGCAAGUGCUGAUGGCGGUCACUACAAGGCGUAUGUUAAAGAUGCCAAUGACCUCAGCGGAGAAAGCUGGUGGCUUUUCAACGAUGAUAAAGUGAGUUCUGUUGCACGAGAGAAGAUAGAAACUUUAGCAGGAGGCGGGGAAAGUGACUCUGCAUUACUACUUAUUUAUAAAGGCUUAGGAUUAUAG